GUGCGCCUGUUUUGUGUUCAACGCAGAACACGUUUUGGCUUGGGGAGGUGGCCCCAGUCCUGCCCUUCGUGACCAAACUCGCUCAGCUUCCAAUCCAUCGAGUGGAAUGGAAGUGGAAGUGGAGCUGAAUGGUUUGGCUGGUGAGCUUUGCUGCAUCAUGGCACCCAUCAGCAGCAGCCUAGCGGACCUCAAGCUUUUGUGGCAGGGGAAGAUCAAAGUCCCAGUGGACGAGCAAAGGCUCUUCCUGGGCUGCCGGGAGCUUUACGACGAGGACCGCCUGGGCGCCCUUGUCGCGGCCCCGAGUCCGGGCGCGACGCCGCGCGUGGCACUGAGCCUGGUGCGCCGGUCGCCCACGCAUGCGAAACUGCUGAAGCUGGCGCAGGAUGGCAGCCAAGCCCUUAGUCGGAAGUGGCUGGCGAAAAUGCCGGAGGUGGUGCGUGGGGAUGCGGAGUUGGUCCGAGAAGUGCUGCGCAGGGAUGGAGUGGCGCUGCAGUAUGCCUCAGAGGAUCUCAAGGCCCAUCCUCAGCUGGUGCUGGAAGCCGUCCGCCGCAGCGGUUUCGCAUUGGAAUAUGCGGCCGAGCACCUGCGUGGCGAUCGGCAGUUCGUGCUCGAGGCGGUGAAGCAGAACGGCUUUGCACUCGCCAGGGCCUCCGCUAAGCUCCAAGGAGAUCCGGAGGUGAUCCUAGCGGCCAUUAAAGAGGAAGGGGCGGCCUUCGAGUAUGCAGCUCAGGAGCUGAAAGGUGACUUUGACUUCGCCUUGGAGGUUGUCUCAUUGGGUGGCCCAGGUGCCAUGAAACAUAUCUCAGCAGACUUGUGGGAGGACCCACGCUUUGUUCUCCACGCGGUGCGGCAGGCGCCCAGUGCUUUGGAACAUGCCCAGGCGGAGGUCAAGGCUGAACCGACCUUUGUUUUGGAGCUCUUGAGCCGGAGCCCAGCCGCAUUGCCCUUCGUGGCUGCAGAGCUUCUAGAGGAUCCAGCCUUUCUUCUGCGCGCCGUGGAACGUAACCCUGAAGCCCUGGCACACGUGCCCUCGGAAAUGGCCAUGGAACCGGCCUUCAUCCUCAUGGCCUUACGGUGCAACGGGCACUCGCUGCGGUAUGUGAAUCGAGGUCUCCUGAAGGAGAAGGGCUUUGCUUUGCAGGCCUUGGGAGCAGCGGGAGCUAAAGCCCUAGUUGAUUUACCUGAAGACUUUUGGCAAGACAGGGACUUGGCUUUGACAGCACUGCGGAUCGAUGAGAGCGGUAUCGAGAAGGUGCCAAAGAAGUUCUGGACCGAUCGCGACUUCGUGCUGGCCGCCGCCAGGUUCCAGCCCUCUGUGCUGAACAUGGUCGAGCCCGGAUGGCUGAAAGAGCAGCCCUUUAUUCUGUCAGUUCUACAGCGCAAUUCCAGUUGUAUCCGUUUCGUCUCUGAGGAGCUGCUGAAGGACCGAGCCUUCGUGCUCCAAGCCUUGCGCACCCAUGGCUCUGUUUUAAAGCAUUUGCCUCAAGAGAUGCGCGCGGAUCCCAGCUUAGUGCUGGCCGCCGUGCCCCAAACGGGCUUCGUCUUGGGCUUCGCGGCGGACGAGUUGCGCUUGGACAAGUGCUUUGUCCUGCAGGCGGUGAAGAUCAACGGCUAUGCAUUGAUCGGAACGCCUGAGGUCAUGAGGUCAGAUCGGGAGGUGGUUUUGGCAGCUGUGAGGCAGCAGGGGCAAUGCCUGGAGUUUGCGACACCCGCACUUCGUGCCGACCCAGAAAUUGUCUUGGCAGCAAUCAGAUCUUGCCCUGGCCCCAUGGCCCACGUGGAGGAAUGUCUUUGGAAGGAUCCAGCUUUUGUGCUAGAGGCGGCUGCCCUGCAUGCUUGUGCCAUUCAACAUGCGGAUGAUGCCUUGCGCUUGAACCGGCCCUUCCUGCUUUCGGCGUUCGAGCGGAACCCGGAAUGCAUUUGUUAUGUCCAUCCGCAGUUGCAGUCUGAUCGGAGUUUUUUCAUCGAAUGCUUAGCGCUGAACCCGCAUGCCUUAGAGUUUGUCCCCACGCAGAUGCGCAUCGACGUGGCUUUCCAAGCAGCGGCGAAGAGCCAGAUCUCACCUGAGGAGGCAACCAAGUUGCCAGCACCUGCCUGGUGACAGUCAUCUCACUGCCAUCUAUACCAAGAGGCCAAGGGAGAAACCCGCAGGUCGAAGACGGAUUGGUUGCACGAGCCAAGGAAGAAAGAGGUUCUGUGUGUGGCUUCGGUGUGCAGUUAGAGUGGAAUGUGAGCCUAGGGUGAACGAGCCUAGGGUGGGGUCAGCAAUGAUGUGCGGUGCGUGUUUUGAUGGUUUCAUCUUAUUUGUCUCCUAUUUGUCCCUUAUUUGUUCCUGAUUUUUCCCGAAGCUCCCCACAAGGGCAGGAGCCUAUUUGUACCUUAUUUGUUUCUUAUUUGCCUUUCAUUUGUCUCUCAAACGUUGGAAUGCAUG